CAGGUGGGCUGCGCGCUGCUGCGGGCCUAGGGGCGCUCUCGGGGGGCCGAGGCGGGCGCGGGGCUGCGGCCAUGCUGCUCUUCUGCCCGAGCUGCGGGAACGGACUCAUCGUGGAGGAGGGCCAGCGCUGCCACCGCUUCGCCUGCAAUACCUGCCCCUACGUGCACAAUAUCACCCGUAAGGUAACCAAUCAGAAGUACUCAAAGCUGAAGGAAGUGGAUGAUGUCCUUGGGGGUGCUGCCGCUUGGGAGAAUGUGGACUCAACUGCAGAGCCAUGUCCAAAAUGUGAACACCCUCGAGCCUAUUUCAUGCAACUUCAGACCCGAUCUGCGGACGAGCCUAUGACCACCUUCUACAAGUGCUGCAACGCUCAGUGUGGGCAUCGCUGGAGGGACUAGGAAGGACUAUGCAUGGCAGUUGGUAGCUGUGUCUUUGGGCUCUUUGCCUGGAGGGUCCCUUUCAGUAAGGUCUGCCAGGUCCUCAGGAAGUGUAGCACAUCAGCCAGUCAGCACAGAAACUCCUUGCUGUCCAGGAACAUCUGUGUUCUGAUAGGAGCACCUCAGCUGAGCACGCUGGUGGGUCCUGGUCUCCACUUUUAUGUUUAUUGGGCAAGUGACAUUCUUUUAUUAUUAAUCAACAUUCUUACUAUAUUUCAGCUGUUUGCAUCACUAAUAGAAUAACUUUGUUUGGUGCAUUAGUUUCCCUAAGUGUUCUGUUAAUUGCAACUUAGUUUGUCAAAAUUUAUAUGGAAUUUUAAAUUAAUAGGAAAUGUCCUGGGGCUGGAGUGAUAGUAUGGCAGGUAGGGUGUUUGCUUUGAUCUCCUUCACCCCAUAGGGUCCUCCACACCCACCAGGAGCGAUCCCUGAGUACAGAUCCAGGAGUAAGUGAGUAAGCCCUAAGCACUGCUAGGUUUGUCUCAAAAGAGGGGGAAAAAAAGGAAAGAAAAGGAAAAGUUUAGUGGCAGGAUGAAGUUCUCUGUCACAGCACAUGUCUCCCUUCUCUUGCACCAGAAAUAAAAAAGAAGG